AUGUGUACAAACAAAGAGACAAUAACUGCAUUCAUCUCAAAAUCAAUACCAGAAUUAACACGAAAUGCUCGUGCAAAAAUAUCGGAACAUAGUAAAAAUGAUCUUAAUGAAUGUGAUAUUCGCUGGGAAUUACAUAAUAAAAAAAUAGAAUGUGAUAAAGCUAAUGAACAAAUUCGGGAAUUACAAAAUAAAAUUGAUAAUUUACGUAUUGAAUGGCGAUCACAACAAGAACAUUUAGGGAAAUUAAAUCAAGAGUAUAUACAAUUACAACAGACACUUGGUGAACAUAGUAUUUACUGUGCAACAUUAGGUGCAACAAUGGGUAGUUUAUUAUGGAAAGUAUCACGACUUGAUGGCGCAAUUGAAAGUAUGUUAGAAAGUAAUCGUAUUAAUCAAAUGCUUAUAAUUAUGGAUAAUUCAUUAAAAGCAUUUAUUGAGGUGUUUGGCCGUGAUAUACCUGAUCCAUAUGGUAACGAAUAUCAGUUUGUAUUAUCAUGGAUGGGUAUUCUAACAAAUAUAAGUGCAUGUCCAGAUGGACGCUACUAUUUACUUAACAAGUGUGAAGGACAACAGUUGAUCACAAAUUUGAUUGAUAGUGUACAAAAAUUGACACAUCAUAACGGAGUACUAUUGCAGCGUAUGAUAUUAAUGAUUUUAUAUAACUUAAUGAUCAAUGCAAAUGGUGUAAUAUUCAUCCAAAAUCAUACCGAAUUUACAUCAAUAUUAAGCAAAACAUUAUUGAAUUGUAAAGUUGAUAAAGAAAUACAAGAUUUAAUUUAUAAAUUAAUAUAUGCUCUAACACAAAAUAUACCAACAUGUCAGUAUUUAAAACAUCUAAAAGAAACCUUACCAUGGGGCCAUAUUGAAACAACCAUAUGCGAUAGACAAUCACCAAAUCAAGAUAUUGCAAAUAAAAUUAAAAUCAAUUGCAAAAAUAUGGAAAAUAAAAUACAAAUGGAAAAACUAUGGAAUAAUCGACCAGAGGAAUUAAUUAUUGGUAUGGCGUUAAAUGUGCCAUUAACUUCAACAACGAACGUAACAAAUAAAAAAUAUGAACCAUCACAAAAAAUUUCAGCACAUACAUUUGUAAAAACACCGUCAAAAAGUUCAAUACAUUCUUCGUCUGAGAAUGUUGAUAUGAAUAAUGCUACAGUGGCAGAAAAAACUUAUUUACCAGACUUAAACUUCUCUGAUCAAUCACAGGCGAUUAAUUUUUGUUUGUGGGGAGAUAGAGCCGCAAAAUGGAAUAAAGGUGAAAUUGAUAAGAAUGUACAAACUAAAGUUGCACAAAGAAACUCGUACAAAUUAGAAGACGAUGACCUUCCUAGAAAUACAGAAUGUAUUUUCGCAAAAAAUAUUACACUCACUGCAAAUAUUGUACCUUGUGAUGAUGACACAAAUCCAGUAAAUAUGAAACCUAAUAAGGAUACAAAUAUGAACAUCAAAAUAAUAGCUGCAACCGAAAAGCAUAAUGAAGGUGAAACCGAAUCUGAGAAACAAACACAUAAUACUGAAAUUUCAACGGAUACAAAUAAAUUACUGUACACAAUAAAUCGUAUAAUGACGACUUCAACUGAAAACUAUAUUUCUAAAUUAGAAGUUGAUUCAGAUUUUAUAGUAGAGAAUUCCGUUGAAAAUGCGAUUCCAGAAUGUAAUGAUCAACAAUAUUCACCUGAAUUGAAAAAGCACAAUGAAGCGGGUGGAAAAAUGCUAGCGCGUGAUGUUAUAUAG